GAGCUGCCUGCAGGCCACUCCUCCACUCACAACCACUGCCCAGUUUGGAAGAGGAGAUCCUUAGGGGGGAAAAGGCAUCAUGGACCAAGAGGAAUACAGACAGAGAGGGAAACAGAUGGUGGACUACAUCUGCCAAUACCUGACCAACGUGAAGGAGAGGCGGGUGUCUCCAGAUGUGCAGCCAGGUUACAUGAGAGACCUGUUGCCUGACGGAGCUCCUUUUGAGCCAGACAGCUGGGACAACAUCUUCAAAGACAUUGAGGAGAUCAUCAUGCCUGGGGUUGUCCAUUGGCAGAGUCCACAUAUGCACGCCUACUUUCCAGCUCUCACCUCCUGGCCUUCACUCCUGGGGGACAUGCUGGCAGAUGCCAUUAAUUGCUUGGGAUUUACAUGGGCAUCCAGUCCAGCUUGCACGGAACUGGAAAUGAACGUGAUGGACUGGUUGGCCCAAAUGCUGGGUCUCCCAAAUACGUUCUUGCACUAUCAUCCAGACAGCAGGGGUGGAGGCAUACUACAGAGCACAGUUAGCGAAUCCACCUUGGUUGCUCUGUUGGCAGCAAGAAAGAAUAAGAUUCUGGAAAUGAAAGUGUUGGAGCCAGACAUAGAUGAUUCUGUUCUGAAUGCUCGCCUUAUUGCUUAUACCUCAGAUCAGGCUCACUCCUCUGUAGAAAAGGCAGGUUUAAUUUCCCUCGUGAAGAUGAGAUUUCUGUCUGUCGACGAAAAUUUUUCCCUGAGAGGAGAAACCCUGAGAAAAGCCAUUGAAGAAGACAGAAGGCGUGGACUGGUACCCAUCUUUGUUUGUGCAACACUGGGAACAACGGGUGUCUGUGCUUUUGACAACCUUUCAGAGCUGGGUCCGAUAUCUUCCAAGGAGGGACUUUGGCUUCAUGUCGAUGCUGCGUAUGCUGGGACAGCAUUUCUUUGUCCGGAGUUCAGAUCAUUUUUGAAUGGAAUAGAAUAUGCGGAUUCGUUUGCUUUCAACCCUUCUAAGUGGAUGAUGGUUCACUUUGAUUGCACAGCAUUCUGGGUCAAGCACAAAUACAAGCUACAGCAAACCUUCAGUGUUAAUCCCAUCUACCUCAGACAUCCCAAUACAGGGUCCGCUACUGAUUUCAUGCACUGGCAAAUCCCACUGAGCCGAAGGUUUCGCUCUCUGAAGCUCUGGUUUGUGAUUCGUUCAUUUGGUGUGAAAAAACUUCAAGACCAUGUCAGACAUGGCACCGAGGUGGCCAAAUAUUUUGAGUCGCUGGUCAGAAGUGACCCCCUGUUUGAGAUCCCUGCCAAGAGACACCUUGGAUUGGUUGUGUUUCGUUUAAAGGGCCCCAACUGGAUGACAGAAAAGGUCUUAAAAGAUCUGAACAAAUCAGGGAGGCUCUUUGUUAUUCCAGCAACAAUUCAUGACAAGUUCAUCAUUCGCUUCACGGUGACAUCUCAGUUUACAACCCGAGACGACAUCCUACGAGACUGGAACCUCAUCCAACAGGCUGCAGUGCAAGUCUUCAAUAUGCAUGGUACACCAGAACCUCUCAGUAUCUCAGAGGAAGGGGUCCAAGUCCGCAAUCUGAUAACCAGCCCCAGUCCUAAAUCAACAGGUGCUACUUCCCAUUUUUUCUUAGAGGAAGGAGAAUGCAAAAUGUCCCAAAACAGGAUAACUGUGCAGCCUCAAAGAGGAUCUCUCAGCCCCCCUCCGUGGUGGUCCAGUGAGCAUGUGACCAUGCCACAGGAUCCUCAUUUGGAUGACUGUUUUACAGAAGGCAUGAACUCCACCAACCACAAGGUGCCCUCGUUCUUGAUCUUACCUGUUCAAAGCAAGAAAAAGACAGCCCGCUCUCUCAGUGUGCCGACAGCUGGUUUUUGGGAAGCAGGCCAUCCAAAGGUAGCCGCCGUAGAGGGCACUGGGAAGAGCGGACCUUACGUCAAGGAGAAAUUCCUUUCCAAAUUGCCCAGAGAGAUACUGAUGCUCAAGAAAAGUGCACUCAAGAAACAUUUGAAAUUUUACAGUGUCCCAAGUUUCCCUGAAUGCACCAUUCAGUGUGGUCUCCAGCUGCCGUGCUGCCCUCUACAGGCCAUUGUCUAAUAUUCCUUAGCCCUUAACAGCCUUCUGACCACCACCCCUGGCAGCAAGAACUAAAGCCUGCUUAUUCUCAUGCAAUACAAUCAUCUAUGGCCCUCUUUAAUAUUUAUAUAUAUAAUUAGUUUUGGAAGACUCUCUGCUAUUUUUUUUAAAGCCUGUAUAUUUAAU